GCCCUCUGUAGGACCUGCUGUCGCUUCUGUCACAGAUAACCUUUAUAUUUGCUUAGCAUUGCUGAACUCAUGUCUGGUUUUGUGGAUAGUAUUGUUAACUUUUUUCUUGGAUAACUUCAUAUAAUGUGAAUAAAAAAAUGAUGCCUACAAGGUUAGGUUUGUCAGCCACGGGAAUUCCAGAUAAUCCCUUAAGUCUUUCUUGGCACGAUUCAACAUGGAUUCCAAUUCUUAACACUAGUAAUGUUAUGGAAUAUUUUUCGCAAGGAUCGAACCCGUUUUUUGAUAGAACUUGUAAUAAUGAGAUUGUUAAAAUGCAACGGUUAAAUCCCGAUCAAUUACAAAAUAUGACUGGAGUUGAAUACAUUUUACUACAUGUUCAAGAACCCAUUCUGUAUGUUAUUCGUAAACAACAUAGACAAAGUCCCCAGCAAGCAAUUGCUUUGGCAGAUUAUUAUAUAAUUGCUGGUAUUGUAUAUCAGGCUCCUGAUUUGGCAAGUGUUUUGAAUUCUAGAUUGUUGUCAGCUGUUCAUCAUCUCCAAUCUUCAUUUGAAGAAUCCUCUGGUUUUGCUAAAUAUCAUCCCAGCAAAGGCUACUCAUGGGACUUCAAAUCUCAACGAGUUGCAGAGAAAUCCAAAAAAGAAGAAAAACCACGGGAAGAACCUAGUUCAUUGUUCCAAAGACAAAGGGUUGAUAUGCUAUUAGGUGAACUAUUAAGAAAGUUCCCUCUUCCUGCUCCUCCCCAGCCUAAAGUUCAACCUGUUGUACCAGUUAAGCAAGAAAAUGAAAAUGGAUCAGAAAAUAAAGAUAUUAAAAUAGAGGUUAAACAAGAGAAGAUCAAGCCACCUCCUGAAAAGAAACCAAGGCUUCAUUGAAAUAGAAAAUAUUAUCCAAUGAAUUUGACCAGAGCCAAACUUCAGUGUCUCUAUGAGAGAAUCAGAUAGAAAUAUAUAGCUAAAUAGUAACUUGAAUGGCAAAGAUGAGUUAUUUGGUACAAAACCCAAAUAAUUUGAAAUCCCUACGAAAAUCUAACUAACCCUAUCCAGGUGUAUGAAAUCCAUAUAUACUUCAAAUGAUUAAUCUACUACACAUGUAGAUUUCAAACUUUUGCAAAAAAAGGGUUAUGGAAAGAUCAGGCAGUAACUACUAUUAAAAAAUACUUUUUUUUAAUACUUCAUGUUAGAAUUCGAGAAACUAUUGGUCGUCAAAGUGUAAUAGAGUCCAUACUUCACUUAUUAUAGAAUUUUCUAUAUAAAAAAAAUGCUUACAAUUUUACAUUUUUUAUAUAAAUUUCAAAUAUAUUUGACAUUAUUUGAUAAAACUUAUCAAUGUGUCUUCCCAUUCUCUAGCAAAUUGCAGUGUAGUUUAAAUUUCUAGGAUCUGUGAUUUUAUUCUACGACAAUUUCUAUAGGUCGCUACUUCAUAUAAGGUUGAAAAGACCCUUCACUAAUAAUUGAUAAUUAUACUGUCAAUAUUGAUCUAGAGGUAAUAAACAGUGUCUUUAUACAGUCUUAAUAUGGCUAAUGUUUUAUCAAACUUUUAUAAUUUUAUAUACAAGGUGUUUCUAAAUCCAUGCGACCAAAUAGCUUGUAAUUAAUUAUGAUGAGUCUUUCAUAUAACAAAAUUUCCUCAACCCAUCCCUUUCCGAGAUAUUACCCUUAUAAGGUGGUGUCUAAAAUUAGGUUUUUUUUCCAAAUGUGUACAGCAAACCAUGACACAUAGGCUACGUUUAUAUAUUUUUGGGUGGGAGAUAAUUAAUUCCAACAUUUAUUUUGAAUUUUAUUACAUUUUCCAUCUUUACCAAUAUCCACCCAAAUUAUUAAAAAAAUUAUCAUUUAUAGUGUUUAUUUUUUUCCUUGCAGUUAUUGGUUUCGGGAAAAUAUUGAGAAUAAUUAUUUUUAAAUAAAACAAGGAUUUGAAGGUAUAAUUUUAUUUUAUAAAAAUUCAUCUUGUAAAAAACUUUUGGUAUGAAAUAAAGUAAGGGCUGCUAAUUUCACCUCCAUAUAAUGUAUAUUGAAAAUAUACCUGUGAUUAGUCGUUUGGAAGUAUACAAAAAUUACAGAAUUUCAAGUUUGUAACUACUCAAAUUUUUUAAAAAAAUAUUCAAUUUUAGUCACCACCUUUUAAGGGAUGGGCUGGGGAAAUUUGUUAUAUGAAAGACUCCUUUUAAUUUCAUACCAGCAAUCACUUUAUGAGUUUUGUCGCAUGAAUUUAGAAACAACCUGUAGAUCAUGAAACCUGUGUUAUAUAAUUAUUGUCUAUUAUUGUACUUUAUUAUAAAUAAAUUAUUUUAUGAG